CAGGUCUGGGGUGACCCCUCUCCAGGAACAGGUGGGCACCAGGGGCUUGGGCACAGGCAGGUAGCAAGGUCGCAGUCAGUGGCUGCCCAAAGCCUGCCUGCCCGGGUCACUGUCAGCCAGAGAACCUAGUGGUGGCGUCAGGAUAAGAGUCCAACGGGAGCACACCUCUUGGGGCCCAGGAGAUGGAGGACGUCUCCAGGGCCCCGAGCUGGCAGGUGAGGGCAGGCGAGCACUUUGCUAAACAAACCGUCCGCCCCUCCCUGCCCCGACUCCCCAUAUCUGGGACCCCGGUCGGUCUGCCCACUCGCUGUCCCUGCUGGAAGCUGCCACCUGCCGUGCCAGGCCUGGCUCUCUGGGGCCUCGCGGCUGUCCUGGGCGUCAGAGCAGGGGCCCCGCUUUGCCUGUCCCGGCAGCUCAGCCGGCCAGGGGACUAGGUGCUGGGGGGCUCGUCCCCCCUGGGCUCAGCUGAGGACGCCUCGUCCCCUGGGCUGCUCUGGGCGCCGGCCGCGAUGACGGCCGCGGAGGAGAUCAACAGCGGCUCCACUCUGAUCCCCGAGCUGCGCCUGGGCUACAACCUAUUGGACACGUGCUGGGAGCCCGUGGUCGCCGUGAAGCCCAGCUUGGUGUCCACGGCCAAGGCCGGCAGCCGCAGCGUCGCCGCCUACCGCGAUUAUACGCAGUACCAGCCCCACAUGCUGGCCGUCAUUGGGCCUCACUCGUCCGAGGUCGCCCUGGUCGCCGGCAAGUUCUUCAGCGCCCUCCCGCCCGCCUUGGGAGCCCCCGCGUCAGGAGCUGCCUUGGGCCUGCAGGUCAGCUACGGCGCCAGCACGGACCGGCUGAGCAGCCGCGAGACGUUCCCGUCCUUCCGCACGGUGCCCAGCGAUGGCGUGCAGGUGGCAGCCGUGGCAGAGCAGCCGCGGGAGCUGCACUGGAACUGGGUGGCCGCCGUGGGCGGUGACGACGAGUACAGCCGGCAGGGCCUGAGCCUCUUCUCCGGCCCGGCCGACGCCAAGGGCACCUGCAUCGCGCACGAGGGCCGGGUGCCGCUGCCCUGAGCCGGCAGCCCGCGGCGGGGCUCCGUGCGGGGCCUGCUGCGCCGGGUGAACGGGAGUAGCAUGCUGGUGGAGGUGUCCUCCUCCGCCUGCACUGCCUGCACCGUCUUCAGCUACAGCAUCCACUACAGGCUCUCGCCCAAGGUGUGGGUGGCCAGCGAGGCCUGGCGGCCCUCAAACCUGGUCAUGACGCUGCCCGGCACGGACCGGGUGGGCACCGUGCUCGGCGCCCCGCGUCAGGGUGCCCAGAUGCCCGAGUUCCCGUCCUACGUGCGGACGUGCCUGGCCCUGGCCGCCGACCCCGCCUACUGCGCCUCGCUGGACACGGACUGCCCCCAGUGUGACCGCAUCACCCCGGAGAACGUGCCCGACGGGCUGCUGCACCGCCAGACCUUCGUGGCCUUCGCAGCCGUGUACGGCGUGGCCCGGGCGCGCCACAUCACGCUGCUCUGCAACACCUCGGGCUGCCCUGCGCGGGAGCCCAUGCGGCCCUGGCAGCUCCUGGAGAACACGCACGACCAGAACUUGUGGUUCGACACCAACGGGAACGUGGGCGUGGAUCGUGGCCUGAAGCUGUGUGUACGGCGGGACCGGCCGCCACCGCGCACCUUCAAUGGCAGCCGGCAGCUCUGGCACUCCCAGAUGAGCUGGCACACGCGGGGAAACCAGGAGCCUGUGCCCCAGCGCUCGCGGCAGUGCAAGGAGGGCCAGGUGUACCGCGUGAAGGGCUUCCACUCCUGCUGUUAUGACGGUGCCGACUGCAAGGCUGGCAACUACCAGUGCCACCCAGGUGACGCCCUCUGCAGCAAGUGUGACCAGGACCACGGGUCCCAGGACUGGAGCACCGGCGCCUCCCCGCCAGCCCAAGUCCCCGGGGCUGCUUCUACUCUGGGCUCGGCUCUGGGCCCGGCGCUGGCAGCCCUGGGACUCUUCGUCUGGCGCCGGCACAGCCUGGUUCGGGCCUCUGGGGGGCCACAGGCCUUCUGCCUGGGCCUCGUCCGCCUCAGCGUCCUCCUGUUUCCCGCGGCCCAGCCGCCGCUGCACCACCUCCCGCUCACCGGCUGCCAGAGCACACCCUUCCCGCAGGCGGCUGAGACCUUCGGGCGGUCAGAGUUGCCUCCGAGCUGGGCAGACCGGCUCUGCAGCCGCCUGUGGGGCGCUGGCUGGUACUUCCCGCCGGGGGUGACGACAGACUGGCAAGUGCCGCCCACGGAGGCGCUCGUGCACUGCCAUGCACGCCCCUGGGUCAGCUUCGGCCUGGUGCACGCCACCAGUGCCACGCUGGCUUUCCCCUGCUUCCUGGGCACCUUCCCGGUAAAGAGCCGGCCUGGGGGCUACAACGGCGCCCGCGGCCUGACCUUUGCCACGCUGGCCUACUUCAUCACCUGGGUCUCCCUCGUCCGCCUCUCUGCCGAUGUGCACGUGGUCUCGCAGCCCGCCGUGCAGAUGGGCGCCAUCCUCUUCUGUGCGCUGGGCAUCCUGGGCACCUUCCACCUGCCUAAGUGCUACCUGCUGCUGUGGCGGCCGGACCUCAACACCCCUGAGUUCUUCCUGGGAGGGGGUCCUGGCGAUGCCAGAGGGUGAGGCAGCCGUGGGGGCGGGGAGGAGACUCGGAAUAAACAAGCGACCCCUGACCCAGUGACCUCACCCCAGUGAACUCAAACCUAGUCAAGGUGCCCUCAGACCAAGUCCCUAUGCAGCAAGCUGUGGACUGUGCCCCAACUCUGCUGCGACUCCCCAGCCCUACGUUCUGCUGACCUUGACCCCACAGUGACCUCCAGAGUGCAUAGGGACCUCAGCUCCGUGGGAUCUCAACCCCUGGGGCCCGAGAGUCAGGCUCUGUCCCUGCCCCAGCCAAGCCCUGGCCUGCACAGGUGACCCAGCGCCACUGUUCCAGACAGAGGCCCAUGGAGGCUUCCUCGGGGCCCCCCGCAGCCCCGGCUGAGCGCUCAGGAAAGCCCCCAGCCAAACCAUGUGAAGGCAAAGCUGGCUACCACCUGCCUGGCUGGGCCCAGCCUGGGGCCCCCACCCAGCAUCCUGUCCAAGCAUCGUGGGAGUGGGAGGUUGGUGGGCGGGGUGGGGCUUUCUAGACCCCUCUGCAGGGGCGUGUGCCUGACCGCCGGCCCCAGUGCAGGGCAGAGACCCGCUCAGGAAGGAGGGGGCACCCCGCUUCCUUCUCUCUCCCUGGCCAGUGAGCCAGUAGAAAGUGGUCAGUCCCCUCCAGCACCGCGGACAGAGCCCGGCCAGGGUGGGGGGUCAGCACCAUGGCCAGCACCCGCCGCGAGGAGGACCCCCGCCAGAGCCGGAGCCAGCACCACGGACAGAAGACCGCCCGCCGGGACUGCUGCGGGCAGGGCCUUGUCGCCGAGCUAGCGCCCAGAGGACAGCACCUAGCCGGUCCUGGGUCAGCUGUCGGCCAGACCCUGGGGAAGCUGACCCGGCCCCUGCACCCCAAUCUCCUAAAGUGGGAAAAAAGAGACACAGGUCACACG